AUGCAUGUGCUGAUCCGGUCAAUCAUGCAUGAUGGUGUUGAUGUGAUCAUUUUGCUAGCUAAUGACAGCCUGAUCAUAGAGCAAUCAACUUCGCCAACGAUGGCGUCUGCUUGGCCGUGGGUGCUGCUUCUUUGUGUCGUGGCCGCUGCUGCCGGCAGUGUGUUCCAAGCCGGCGCGCAGCCUGACAACAAAGGAUUCAUAAGUAUAGACUGCGGCCUCCAAGGCGAAACGGGCUACGACGUGGACCAUGUCACCCAGCUCUCGUAUGCCCCGGACGCUGGCUUCACCGAUGCCGGCACAAACCAUGUCAUCUCGUCCGACUUCGUCAGCGCAUCCAUGGCAAAGAGCUGGUACAGCUUGCGCAGAUUCGCGAGCGGCACGAGGAACUGUUACAAGCUUGGCUUCCUCGUGCCCGGGCUGAAGUACCUGAUCCGGGCCAGAUUCAAGUACGGCAACUACGACGGUCUCAACCGUCCGCCAGUGUUCGAUCUCCACAUAGGCGUCAACUACUGGCACACUGUGAACAUCUCGGAGCCAUACGAAUCGAUAAUGGUGGAGGCCAUCGUCGUCGUGACGGACGACUUCGUACAGGUUUGCCUGGUUAACACCGGCGAUGGGACGCCCUUCAUUUCUGGCCUGGAUCUGAGGCCGCUGAAGAUGACGCUCUACCCGCAGGUAACCACUGCGCAGGGGCUGGUCCUAUUGCACAGGCUCAACUUCGGCCCGAUAGAUGACAUCAGCGCCGUCGUCAGGUAUCCCGACGAUCCAUACGACCGUAUAUGGAUGCCUUGGUUUAACACGGUAGGCUCGACUGAGAUAUCGACGGAGAAGAAGGUGCAGAAUACAGAACAUGACCCCUUCGAGGUGCCCACAGCAGUGAUGCAGACGGCGAUCAGCCCACGGAACGGCUCUGAUAAAAUAGAGCUCUCCUGGGACUUCGAGUCUCAGCUCCACCACAACCCAUCUCCGGGAUAUUUCGUCAUCCUGCACUUCUCCGAGCUGCAGCUCCUCCCUAGCAACACAGUGCGACAGUUCUACGCCAACCUCAACGGCCAGCAGUUGUAUUCGAGCGGGAGCGGCAGCUUCACGCCGCGCUACCUCUACACCGGCGCCACCUACAACAGACUCCCAUUCCAGCAGAGCAAGUACAAUAUCUCCGUCGACAUCACUGCCACCUCAACGAUGCCGCCGAUCCUCAACGCCGUCGAGGUGUUCUCCGUCAUCCCCACCACCAAUGUUGGCACAGACUCCCGAGAUGUGUCUGCCAUCACGGCCAUCAAGACGAAAUAUCAGGUGAAGAAGAAUUGGAUGGGUGACCCAUGCGUUCCCAAAACCAUGGCUUGGGAUAAGUUGACCUGCAGCUACGCCAUUGGCAGCUCUCCAAGGAUCGUAAGCGUAAACAUGUCCUCCACUGGGCUCACUGGUGAUAUAUCAUCCUCUUUGGCAGUUCUCAUGGCUGUCCAAUACUUGGAUCUGUCAAACAAUAACUUGACAGGCACAAUUCCAGAUGCCCUUUCACAGUUGACUUCACUAACUGUGCUUAUUAUGUUUCUAUACACAGAUUUAUCAGGCAACAAGCUCAAUGGAUCAAUCCCCUCUGGACUUCUCAGAAGAAUUCAAGAUGGCUCCCUGAGUCUGAGAUACGGAAACAAUCCCAACCUUUGCUCCAAUGGUGAUUCAUGCCAGCCCAGCAAGCUGGCCAUUUACAUUGUUGUCCCUGUAGUUGUGAUUCUAGUGAUAGUAUUGGUGGUACUAGUACUACUCCUUUGCUUUCUAGGACGAAAAAAAACAGGAUCAAUGGGCAACUCUGUGAAGCCGCAAAACGAGAUGAGGACGAGCUACCAACUGUCAAAUGGUAUUUGUGAGGAUGGUUCACUGAAACUUGAGAGCCGUCGUUUCACUUACAAGGAGCUAGAGAUGAUAACAAACAACUUCCAGCGAGUGCUUGGACGGGGAGGGUUCGGGUACGUCUACGACGGCUUCUUGGAGGACGGAGCCCAGGUUGCAGUGAAGUUGAGGUCUCAUUCUUCUAGUCAAGGUGUUAAGGAGUUCCUCGCAGAGGCUCAGAUUUUGAGCCGAAUUCAUCACAAGAAUCUUGUCUCCAUGAUUGGUUACUGCAAGGAUGGAGAGUACAUGGCACUCGUCUAUGAGUACAUGUCGGAAGGAACCUUGCAAGAGCACAUUAAUGGAAGCAACCGCAACGAAGCAUGUCUGCCAUGGAUACAGAGACUCCGGAUCGCGCUUGAAUCUGCUCAAGGGCUAGAGUACCUGCACAAGGGGUGCAGUCCUCCCCUCAUCCACAGGGACGUGAAGACUACCAACAUUCUGUUAAACACAAGGCUAGAGGCUAGAAUUGUUGACUUUGGCUUGUCCAAGGCCUUCAACGGCGAUAAUGACACCCAUGUGUCCACUAACACACUCGUUGGCACACCCGGAUAUGUUGAUCCAGAGUACCAUGCGACAAUGCAGCCGACAACUAAGAGCGAUGUUUACAGUUUUGGAAUCGUGCUGCUGGAACUAGUCACGGGAAAGCCGGCCAUCUUGCGGGAGCUGGUUCCCAUUAGCAUCAUCCAGCGGACGCGACAACAGCUAGCACGAGGCAACAUCGAGGGUGUGGUCGACACACGCAUGCACGAUAGUUAUAAUGUUAACGUGGUGUGGAAGGUUGCGGACAUCGCGCUCAAGUGCACUGCACAAGCCUCAGUGCAGCGGCCCACCAUGACUGACAUAGUGGCGCAACUGCAGGAAUGUGUUGAGCUGAAGAAUGGACACGUCGAAGGCAACACAAACAAGGGUUUCUACACGGGCAGCAGUGGCAAUGACCCAAACUUGAGUUAUGAUUCUUACACAACUGAUCAGUCCACUAGUGUGAACCAUAACAGCACAACAAUUGAGAUGGAGCAUAAUUGUAUGAGGGUGCCUACAAUGUGCACAUGUCCUGCUUUACGUUGA